UCCAGGUGAACCAUUCAGGGCUCAGGCUGACACAGAGCACUCACCAUGGAGCUGGGGCUGCACUGGGUUCUCCUUGUUUUUCUGAUGAAAGGUGUGCAGUGUGAGGUGCGGCUGGUGGAGUCUGGGGGAGGCUUGGUGCAGCCUGGGGGGUCCCUGAGACUCUCCUGUGCAGCCUCCGGAUUCACCGUCAGUGGUUACUACAUGAGCUGGGUCCGCCAGGCUCCAGGGAAGGGGCUGGAGUGGAUUUCAUCCAUCUAUGGUAGUAGUAGCACAUACUACGCAGACUCUGUGAAGGGCCGCUUCACCAUCUCGACAGACAACAGCAAGAACAUACUUUACCUGCAGAUGAACAGCCUGAGAGUGGAGGACACGGCCGUCUAUUACUGUGCUAGACACACAUUGCAGGAAAUCCAGUCUGUGCUGUCCCAGGUACAGCUGCAGGAGUCAGGCCCUGGCCUGCUGAGGCCCGUACAGACGCCGUCCCUCUCCUGUGCGGUCUCUGGUGACUCCGUCAGCAUGGUGACUGCGGAGCUGGACCCGACAGGCCUCAGGGAAACGCUGGAGAGGACUGGACACAUCUAUAAACAUGGGAGCACCACGUACAGCCCAUGCCUCCAGAGCAGAGUCACCAUGCCAGUGCACACCUCCAAGGACCAGUGUUCCCUGCAGCUGAGCUCUGUGACCACGGAGGACACGGCCUUGCACUACUGUGUAGGACACACUGAGGAGACCGCCGACUGCCAGGGAACCCGUCUGGAUCUGGAGGGCUGCCACUCCGUGGUGUCUCUGAGUUCACAAUGUGAUCGUGUUGCUAUGAUCUUCAAAUGA